UUCUAUGUUUAGGUUGUCCUGUUCUAAAAGACUCAUUUCGUUUCAGCUCCGGAUGGCGAUGCAAUUCUCUCAUCGUUGCCUUACCAAGUGCUGUUGGUGUUUGGCGGUUGGUUCUACGUCUUGUUUGCAGCUGUGGAGCUGUUCCUACUGCUUUUCAAAGGGUUGAGCUUUCCUUACCCGAGCGGCAACAUGGCCUCCGAGGUGUGCCUGCUGGCCUUCCUGACGGUUGUCGAGAGUGUACGCAUCAGCCUGGGCAAGCGGGGAAACCUGACGGAGCGGAGCCCGUGCCUUGCCCUGUCGGUGGUUCUGACGGUGCCGUCGGUCCUCGGGGCACUCUACUUUCUCCUGUGGCAGACAUACGUGCUUCGGCUGGAUUGGGUGCUUGCUGCCGGCCAGGUUGCACUGCAGGCACUUCAGACACUGUUGGCCGUCACCACCAUGGUUGCCAUCAAGUGAAGCCCACUCAUUUGUGUUUAAAGACGGGGCGUGCAAACAAGGACACAAGUAGUCAAGACACCACAGACGCCGACUAACAACCGAAAGGAACACUGCGGCAGAAAAGAAGGUAGACAUUACCUGUGCAUGCCCAGCCAAGAGGCAAUACCUAUCAUUAUGGCACUUGUGGGGGUUUAUACGAGAGAUACCUGUUCAGGCACUUGAUUUCUUCUUUAUGCAACUGAAUCGACGGUUGGCUCACACAUGUGCUACCCUUAUUAUCGGUAUGCCAGGCCUGAAUUAUUAGAUACGAUCCUUCAUUCUUGUGCCUGUACAA